UUUCUUCAACUCUAUUACUAUUCUUCACUUUUAGUAAUUAUUUCGAGUUUAGUGCUCCACUCGUUUUCUUUUUUUUCGUUGUCUACUUUUACAGUGGUAUGAUCGCGAUGACAUCUUUAUAAGCCCAUGCAAGGUCCUCUACUUUUGAAUAAUUAUUGGUCAGGUUACCCUUUUGAGUACUCCAAGUUCUUGGAUUGUUUAAUUAUUAAUUUUGAUUAAAAUAAUAUUCAAAGCACAUCGAGUCCUCUAUUUAUAGAAUUCUAGAGAUAGUCGGAUAUUCCUGCAGAGAAGUCUUGCACUGAAGAGCUAGCUCUAGUAGAACACAACAUGGGUGGUCUUGUACACAUUAUACAAUUUGUUUUUGGGAUUUUAGGAAAUGCCGCCACUCUCUUCCUCUUCUUGGUACCAACGUUCACAUUCAAGAGGAUCAUCAAGAACAAAUCGACUGAACAGUUCUCUGGCGUACCUUACGUCAUGACAUUUCUCAACUGCUUGCUUUCUGCAUGGUACGGUCUGCCUUUUAUAACAUCGGGCAAUAUUCUAGUAGCAACAAUCAAUGGGGCUGGAGCUUCAAUUGAGUUGGUUUACGUGCUCAUAUUUUUCUUAUAUGCGCCCAACAAACAAAAGGGAAAAAUCUUAGCAAUGUUCUUUUUAGUCCUCUUGGCUUUUGCUGGUGCAGCACUUGUAUCUGUGCUUGCUUUUCAUGGGAAAAACAGGAAGUUAUUCUGUGGUACUGCUGCCACCAUCUUCUCCAUUGUUAUGUAUGCAUCUCCCAUGUCUAUCAUUAGACUAGUAAUCAGGACAAAGAGCGUGGAGUUCAUGCCAUUCUUCCUGUCAUUUGCCGUUGUCAUAUCUUGCUCCUGCUGGUUUAUCUAUGCCAUGCUAGGAAUGGACCCAUUUAUUGGCACUUCAACAGGUGUUGGCUUGGGCUUAGGAAUAGUGCAGCUGAUCUUAUAUUUCAUUUACUGUGACAAGAAAGUUUUAAACAAGACUUCUGCUGAUGUGCCCCUUGAGAUGGGCAACGGCCAUAGCAAUAAUGUUAGGUGUUGCCAGGAUUAUGAGAAGCAAUCAAAUUUUCAUAACCAAUUGAACCAUGAGCUAGUUUAGACGAGUUACAGGAUCAAGUUCGUGGCAGCUCAAAACUCGUUAUAUAUUUUUGUUCAGAAUCUGUUCCUUUAGAUUCUAAAAUCAUUCUGAUAUGUACAAUCAUAUAAGCAUGUCGGGAAUGGUGGAAUAUCUCCAAAUGUUUAAAGAAAUAUGUAUGAUUAAAUAUAAGCAGAUUAAUUGAUGUUCACAAUAUGG